CGCCACAUUUGGCCAACGGGCUGCCACAGGUGAGGCGCUUUACUCGGCCAACGUCAGCGGCAUUAGCUGACCGACCGAAGCACAAGGUCAGCGACUGCUUUACUGUGGAGAUAUAAAGCCAUACUGCGACUUUACGGUGCUGUGUUUUGUUGUACAGGCGCGCUAAUCCAGUCUUUAUUAAGUUACCGGAGGAUAUUAGCGUGCUGGGACCUGUAACGUUACGCGGCGGCUGUCAAAGUAGCGACCGUUACAGUAAAUUACACAAGGGGGAUGGUCAGCGGUCAUCCUGCUGGCUUUGGAUGAAGUUAUGGUCAAAAAUAUAUGUGUUGCCCGCUGCAGUAAGUGGACGUAACUUAGCGGUGCGAAGCCCAUGGAGCCAAAUGGACAUUACCAGCUCUACACGCCGCUCUCCCCUUGGCAUUUGCAGCUCUUAACGGUGAGCAGAUUUGGUGCAACGUUGUGAGUCACCCGUUUUGUGAGUCACCCAUCGCCACCGGGUAUGUCUGCUCCCCGGGCCAUACUGUUGGUGGGAGAGGGGAACUUUUCCUUCUCUGCGUCUGUGAGCCAGUCAUCCUCCGAGCCAGAGAGCAGGAUAACAGCCACUUGCCUUCAGAGUGAGGAGGAGGCACUGCGGCAUGAAGGAGCGGCCGCCAACAUCCAGAUCAUCAAGGACUCGGGUGGAGAGGUGCUGUUUGGAGUGGACUCUACCAGGCUUGGAGAAUGUGCAGCCCUGCGGGACAGUGUGUUUGACCGUGUGGUCUUUAACUUUCCCCACUGCGGGCGAAAGAGCGGUGUGAAGAAAAACAGAGAACUGCUUAAAAACUUCUUCCUCAGUUGUGUCCAGGUGCUGGCUGAAGAUGGGGAGGUUCACAUCACCCUGUGCAAUGGACAGGGCGGGACACCGGUGGACCAACCGAAGAGAGAGUGGCACAACAGCUGGCAGGUUGUUGCCAUGGCAGCAGAGGCACAUCUUGUACUAAGCAUUGUCCAGCCUUUUGAGAGUGAAAAAUACAAGAGCUACAAGUGUACUGGAUACAGGAGCCAGGAUAAGGGCUUUCAUUUGGAGAAUGCUUUGCUCCAUGUGUUUACACGCAGCCUCCCCUACACUGCUGCUCAGAGGCUCAAGGUGGAGGAAGAUGUCGAAGGGGAGAGAGUCCAGUACGAUAUACCUGCUGAGCUCAGUGAUUACAUGUUCAGGGCAAUUCUCUCAUCAGGCUCUGUCCAUCCUGUCAAGCUGGUGCAGGACUUCCUGCUGAAAGGACUGGCGGAAAAAUGGUCUGUCUCCAUGAGGGCAGAGACCAUUCCCUUCCUUCUCACCUCCCAACAACUGCAAAAGUGCAGCCAUGCGGUGGACAAUACAUGCUGCUACCAGAUAAACCUCCUUUACAAAGACCUCGACUCCAGCGUUCAGGGUUCUGCAGCAGCGCACACUAAUACAGACAGUCAAAAAGAUCAGUCAGUGUCCCUGGACAACCAGAAACAUACAGACACACCAAACGAAAUUCCCUCAGGAUCUUGUGUUUACUCAGACAAAGCGGACAGGGGCAGGAGCAAAGGGGCUGAGUGCUUGAGGCCUGCUUGCUCUGUUGAUGGUGAUGCUGAAGGGGAGAGUUGUCUUUUUGUGCUGCGUCCAUCACUGCUUCCUCAGAUGGAAGCACUCCUAAGUGAAAGACCAGAGAAAGAAGAAAGAGAGUCGCUGACUAGUGAUAAAGGGGAUCAUAGGGAGAAAGAGGGGAAUGAUGAUCAUGAUGAAGCCGAUGGGAAUGAUGAUCAUGAUGAAGUCGAUGGAAAAGAGAGUGAAGACCCCUGUGGCAGCUGUAAUGGGUUUACCGGGCUGCUAUUCGGCAUAAGUGGCCUGGUGUUCAGAAAUGUGCUCAUCACACUUUGGUCCCCACCUGCCUUUCAUGAGCUUGUCCUCCGAGGUGCGCUCCCUGCAGAAUGUGAGCCAGUCAGCUUGCUUGGCCAGAGCCUGGAAACGCUGCUGGCUCCCUAUGGGGUCUCCCUGGUAAAAGAACAGGGAUGUCUGCGUCUGAUGGCACAGCCAGUGGGAUUGGUCGGAAAGGUGUUUGCAAGUGACAGCAGCAGCCAGGUUAGUGUAACUGUGUCCCUUAAUUUGGACCUCCUGGCCGUGCUCCUGUUCUCACUCCCUGACUGGCGGCUGCUGUGGUCACAUGACCCACGCUUCUUGAAACAGUUUGCACUCCGCCCCUCCCCGGGGAAACCUUUCCAACCUUUCUCCCUGUUCCCCGAGCUCUUCCGCUUCGACAUCAGCUUCUGGACGGGACCGGCCUGGGAGGAGAGGAAGUUCCAUGCUGUGGUGCGGGAGGCCAGCCACGGCAUGGUGGAGCAGGUCAAACUCAUUGAUAGGUUCUCACACCCCGACCUCAGUCAGACCAGUUACUGCUACAGACUGGUCUAUCAUUCACACACACACGCGCUGUCGUACACACAAGCCCUUCAGCUGCACAAACACUUGGAGUCCCUGCUGUCCUCUCGUUUGGAACUCACCAUCAGGUAGCUCUAGCUUGCAUCUGUAUUGCAGGGAAGAAAAGGGAUUUCACUUCCUGUUGCUCCAGAAACAUGACAGUGACCAAUCUGAUUGUACAAGUAAGAUGCAAACAUACUGUAGUAUCUGCAGGACUGUAGCUGGGCAGAGUUUGAUUUGUAUGAACAGUGUCGCACCUGUUUUUAUGACAUUAUGUACUGUUACCUCUUGCUCCUUUAAAUGUGAAUGUUUUUCUGUGUAUUUGUGUGUACUCAUCAAAGAAAUAGAAAUGGCAGAAUUUACACUAUAGGAGAUUGUACCAGCUGGUAAUGGGCCAACUGGGAGCCAUCUCCGGGGAACCGAUUGAAUGACUGACAGCUCCAUCAUGACAAAACAAACAUUAUUAACUACAUUGGUAAUGGAAGACAUCUACACUGGUCAUAUGAAAGUUUGAAUAUUCAACAUUUUGAAAUCUGACCGUGCAUCAUGUACAGUACGCAGCAGAAAUUAAACUUGGGUAGGACCUUUA